UGAAAUGUUAUACGAAAGAGAAGAGUCUCACACUGAGCAAUCAAGGUUCUUCUUCUUGAUUGGAAUCUUCCUCUUUCUACGUUGUCGUGGGGAACGUAGAAAGAGAGAAGAUGGCUUCUUCUUCUUCCUCUCAUCUCUCAGCCAGUCAGCCAUACCGCAACACCUACCAAAAUCCUCACCAGCCCACUAUAAGUGUUCUUUUUCUCUCUGCAACUUAAACCAUGAACUCAAAGUCAGUUGGGUUUCAUACUUUCAUGUAAGAUCCAAUCUUGACAACAAGAGUGGCAGUCGAGAGGAUUCGGACCAUUCAGCUAAACCAUCGAAGGUUGUGGAAAACUCGUUUGCCCGUAUGUUUAGGGACUGGUGUACCAAACAACAAAGGUCUUCUCAGGAGGCCUGAUGCAAAGCAUCUACUUGAGAAGAUGUACAAUGGUCGGCUAGUGCCAAAUUCUUAACAGAAACCAUCCAACAACACCGGCGAGUUUUGAAUUUAGCUAGAAUCCUGUGUUGUUAGCAAAUUUAGCUAGAAUCCUGUGUUGUUCAAGCCGAUGCAGUUUUGAAUUUGAGGGUGUCAUAUUAGAGCCAUUAAUUGUACAAAUAUUUGACAUUUUCAAUGCAAGCUGUAUUGUUUCAUACAGUUCUUUAUAUAACAGGUACUAGAAGACACAUGCGGAAUAAUCUUUGCAAUUUGCGGUGCUCCCUGCUGAUUCAUUGAAUGUUUUCUCCUCUCAUUUUCAGUGAGUUGAUGAUUAUGUUGGUCAUAUUAUAGAACUCUCAUCC